AUGUAAAGCAGAGUAAAAAAAAGAGAUGAUUCAAACAAAGAGAUUAUGAAUGUAUUAAUUGCAGAAGAUGAUUUGUUCUAAAGUACAUGCAUUUUUUACACUUUUAUAGGGGUUGCUAUAGUGGAUUUAUUAUAAUUAUGUGGUUUUUAAGUUAUUGCUUGCAAAAAUGGAUUAGAAGCAAGAGAUGAACUUUUAAAAGGUGAAAAUGAGUUUGAUCUAAUCCUUCUCGAUUUAUUGAUGCCAGAAAUGGGAGGACUUGACUUAUUAAAAAUCAUAAAAAGUAUUGAUAAAUUAAAGGAAACUCCAGUGAUUAUGAUGAGUGGAGAUGGGGAAACUGAUAUUGUGGCUGCAUGUUUAGGAGCUGGAGCAUUGAACUAUUUAGUUAAGCCAGUAAACUUUAAGUAAUUUUAAAGUCUGCAAGAAUUAGUAAAAAAGAAACCUAAAAACAGAAAUGUAAUUUAUUAUUCUAAGUAGAACAAUUCGAAUGAAAAAGGUUUUUAUGAAGUUGUUAGAGAUUUGGGAAGAGGAGCUUUCGGCUGUGUUUAAUUAGUAAGAAAAAGUACUGAUUAAGAAUUAUAUGCUAUGAAGGUUAUUCCAACUUCAUUUAUGAAUGAAUAAGAAAAGAAAAAUGCUGAGAAUGAAGUGAGUUUGCUAAGAGUUCUAACUGCUCCAACAAUCAUUAAAUAUUAUGAAAGCUUUGCAGAAAAUGAUUCAUUAAAUAUCAUUAUGGAAUAUGCUGAGGGAGGAUCAUUAAAUGAAAAAAUCUCAGAGCAUAUUAGAGUUGGUUAAAAAAUCCCCAAAGAUUAAAUAUUAGCUUGGAUGGCAUAAUUAGUAAUAGCAAUUCAUUUUAUGCAUUCUAAAAAUAUUCUUCAUAGAGAUAUCAAAACCUAGAAUAUGUUUUUGAAUAAAGAAUAAGUUAUUAAAUUGGGAGACUUUGGUAUUUCCAAGGCAUUAGGAACUCAUGGAAAUUUUGCAUAAACCUUUCUAGGAACUCCAUAUUUUAUGCCUCCAGAGGUCAUUAGAGGUGAACCAUAUGGAAAAAAAGCAGAUAUUUGGGCAUUAGGUUGCGCUUUGUAUGAAUUGGUUAUGUUAAAACGACCCUUUUAACAUGAUGUGAUGCAAAUUGUAUUUGACAUGAUACAGAACAAACCUUAUGAUAUGGAUCCAUCUGUAGACUCAGAUCUUUAAUAACUCAUAGAAAAAACAUUACAAAAGGACCCUAAUAAAAGACCAUUUGUAGAGGACUUGGCUAACAUUCCUUGCAUUGAGGAAAAAAUCAACUAAUUUUAUAUAGAUCAUCCAAAUGAAACUAAUUAAAUAUUUUUCAAAAAGUAUUAACUUGGGUAAAAUAAUGACGAUGGAGGUAACUCUUAGAAUCCAGAAGAUAAUUGUCUCAUGGUUGUGGCUGCAAUGAUUGAUAAAGUUUAACUUAGAAAAAUAACUGUAGGGGUUGUAAAUUAAAUUGAAUAGAUUGGAGUUUUAGGAUCAGAUAUUCUUAGUUAUCUUAAAUAAAAUUUUGAUAAAAAAAAUGAAACUGAAUUACAGCAAUUUGUAUCAACUCUUCUUGAAUAACAUCUAAUUAUCCCACUCGACAAUAAUAAUCAAUAACUGAUAUCGACUUCUUAUUAUUCUUUUCCAAUGUUCUUAGAAUACAUACCUGCAAAUAAUUAUUAAGUAUUUACCAGCAAUUCUCAAGAUAUGAUGUUUAUUCUAAAAAAACUCAUUAGGAAAUUUAAGGAAUUCUAAAGAAAGAUUACAGAAAAGAAAUAACUAAGUUUUGAAGCAUUUAAUAAAUACUUUAAUGACUUUUUCUAACUAGUUCAUCAAACAUUGGAACUCCAAAAAGCUACAAUGAUUGACUAUUCUCCUUAAAAGAAACUUGCAGUGUAUGUUAAUAUUUAUUAAUUAAUGAGACUACAUCAAUCAUUAUAAUAGUAUUAUGUUCAAAACUUGCAAAAAAAGAAAGAAUUAAUUAAUUAACCUUGCAACUUACUAUAAUAGAUAAUUAGUACUGUAAUAGUUCCUCAUCCCCUUUAAUCAGAAUUUGCAUACUGUAUUGGUGGUUAGAUUACUACUUUAGGAUAAAUAAAGCAUGGGAUCUUGAGAGGAAACAAAAACACUGAGAAUACUCAUUUGCUUCCUAAGGAUGAUCCCAGAAUCUUAUAAUAAGAAAUAAAAGGAAUUUUCAUUUUAUUUAUUGAAGAAUAUUAGGAUUAAUAAUCAUAAAUUACAUAAGAAUUGAUCUUCUUAGAUGAAGGGUAAGUUACUUAAUACAUCUAUAAAUAAAUAUAAUAGUUUAUUUCUAAAAAUGUAAUACUUGAUUUAGCUGAAUAAGAGAUAGUGAUACACCCCUUAUUACAAAAAUACAUGAGUGAUUUUGGAUCUUAAAGAAAGUUAAUUGAAUGGUUAUUAGAAAAUAUUGAAGAGAGAUAAGACAGUAAAAAGAUUCUCAAUUAAUUUGAUAAUAAGGAGUUCUUCAUUUUGUUUAAGGAUCCCAAUGUAUUAACAAAGUAUUGAUAGAUUAUUACAUAUGUUAAGGCUAAUUGCCCUAUAUAUUUUAUUAAAAUUUG